AUGGCGGACAAGGUUGACACUAUCAGAACUAGGCAGUUCAUGACAAACAAACUUAUUUCAAGAAAACAAUUUUCCAUUGAUGUUUUUCAUUUAGGGAUGGCCAAUGUCUCCAAGACUGAAAUAAAAAAAAAAAAGUGGCCAAUGUCAUAUAGGACUUGCCUCGUCUUCAAUUUCAUAACUUAUUUUAUUUUAGAGGAGGCAAGUCCUUUGGUUUGA